CCACAAACCCCUCUGCGUACUAUGACACGGCAGAAACGGAUGUUGGUCAGAGAUCUCCAUUUUAAAGUUAGCGUCGUGUUUAUGUUCAUGAUAACUUCAUAAUGAAUCCCCUGACCAAGGUGAAGCUGAUCAACGAGCUGAAUGAGAGAGAGGCCUCAUUGGGGGUGAAGGAAAAUGUGUCAUGGCACUCUGAGUAUAAAGACAGCGCCUGGAUCUUCAUCGGUGGGUUUCCAUAUGAGCUGACGGAAGGUGACAUCGUCUGUGUCUUCUCUCAGUAUGGAGAGAUAGCCAACAUCAACCUAGUGCGUGACAAGAAGACGGGUAAAUCCAAAGGCUUCUGCUUCAUCUGCUAUGAGGACCAGAGAAGCACCAUCCUGGCUGUGGAUAACUUAAAUGGGAUCAAGAUAAAGGGGCGGACCAUCCGAGUGGACCACGUGCUGAACUACCGCCCUCCCAAAGACAAUGAGGACAUGGACGAUAUCACCAAGCGCCUGAGGGAGGAGGGCUGUGCCCCCAAACUACCCGACCUUUCAUCCUCCGAGUCCGAAGAAGAGGAGCAGUAUGCCGUACCCGUAAAGAAGCCCAAGAAAGACAAGAAAGAGAAGAAGAAAAAGAAGAAGAAGGCUCUGAAGGAGGAUAGGCAGCAGAGGGAGAGGCUAGCCCAGACUCCCCCUGGGUCUCCCCCUGGGCCUGCCCUGGCAGUGAGGGUGAAGCAGGAGGAGGAGGACCUGGGCUAUGACUACAGCCAGCGAGGGGCGCCAGAGGAGUGGCUGGGGCCCAGGGGAGAGAGAUCAGGGCCUGGGGCAGAGGCACGGAACCAACGAGACACCCACAGGCAGGUGGACAGAGGGUUCCGAAAUCGCCAUGGGGAGAGAGAAGGAGAGAGGGAGAGGCCCAGGGAGGAUGAGAAGAGGAGAGAUGGAGGACUGCAGUUGGAGAGCAAGAGGACAGGCAGGGAGGAGAGAGAGAACCAAGACUGGGAUAGAGAGAGAGACAGAACUAGGGAGGGAGAAAGAGAGAGGGACAAUGAGAGGAACAGAGUGAGAGAGAGGGACUGGGACAGUGAUAGGAACAGAGACCGGGAGAGCGAGAAGAACAGAGACCGGGAGAGAGAGAGGUCAAGUAAGCACAAAGAACACAGUCGGGAGAGAGACCAAAGGAGAAAGUAACAGACAGAAGUGCCUUGAUUGUAGUCAAGACAACUGGAAUGAGUGAAAUCUUAGUCUUUCCUUCACUGUAGAAAAUCAGCAAGGAACUGGGACCAUGGACAUGGAACUAACAUUAUUGGUUGUUUUAUUUUGUUAGUCUUUGUCAUAAGCCACAUCAAGCCUGUUGAUUCCAUAUUCGCUGUUAUGGAAAGACUGAUGUGGAGACUGAGCUGUACAGUGGAUGAUGACUUGAGUCAUGAGAAGAUGGCCUCUGUUUCCAUGACAACAGCUUAGCGUCAUCAGCAGCAGAGUUAAAUCGGAACUGGAUUUCAAAUGAAUUGUCACCCUCAAACCGCUUUACAGUGCUUAAUCUGACAAUGAUUUAAUGUUGUAAAUAAAAUGACAUUUGUGUUUGUAAAAAAAGAAAGAAAGAAAAAAAACACUUGAUUUGCUUUCCCACAAGUCUUUGACAGAUGCCUUAUAAAUAACAUUUUAUUUUUAAAUUGGAUUUCAAGUGAUACAGAGACACAUAGUAAUAUGGGUAACGCAAGAUAGGAGCUUCCUCUUGGCUCCAAAAAUAAAGAGGUCAUUUUGGGUGAAAAUAAAGAAAUACCCUGCAAAGAAAUAAUUGACUGUCCAAAACAUUACACAAUUUGUAAUUCAGUGAAGAACCAACAAAGACAAGAUAUUUCAGAAAAGGAAUAAUUAAUUCAGACCAAACAAAAAUAGUAUUUACAUGAUCACUAGCUCAUACCUGCUCAACAGGAUUUUAACUGCAAUUCAUCUAGUUAAUAAUCUAAGACAGAAAGCAUAGCUACAGAAAUACUGUAUAUACCAUGAAUAAAUUAACAUUGUGUCAAAACAUAAAAAGGAAGAAAAAAAGAGGUAAAGCACAUUCUGCCAUUAAGGAAAUGUUUUAAUUCCACCAAGAGGUUUUAAGUGUGUGAAGGAGCAUGUCGAUCAUUGGCAUUUGAAACACCGUAAAUGUAAUCAAUUCUAUUGUCAUCACACCGGGGCUCCAAUGAAAAUACCCAACUGGGGUAUAGAGAUAUUAGAGGACGAGCCACCAUUUUGUCCUUAGUAGAUAGAUAGGAAUUAAUCUCCCAUUCCCUAGGGUUAACCGUUCCUUAUCCUCUUUUAGCUCUCCCAGUGGGGGGCCAGGCAGCAGACAGGCCACACUCAAUCACUGGGAUUUUGGUCGCCUCCGUUGUUGUCUGGCUGCAUGGAUAGAUCGUCAACGCUAUGCUAUCUGUUAGUUACUUAGGUGACCGUUUUUUUUAUGACUUCUGGGUCUGAGCUUCACUGGUCAGAGGUCA